CUCGUAUCGCGAUAGUUCAUUAGACCUGGAUUCAAACUGUGGCGGUUCGUGGGUUUGACAGAAGAUUGUUCACUGACGAGAUGGCAGCAGAAGAGGAGAUACAGCUGCUCAGGAGCCAGCUGAGGGAGAGGGAGGAGCAGGUCCACCAGGCUGCUCAGGCUGGCUUAGAUCUCCUCAACCAGCAGAUGGAACUGCAAAACAGACUGGAUGAACAGAGAGUGGAGAUGACCAAUGCGCUUGAGGCCCUCGAACAAGACAAGUACUCCCUGCAGAAGGAAGUGGAGUUGAAGACUCGGAUGCUGGAGUCACUGAAAUCCGACUAUGAAUGUGUGAAGCACCAGCAGAGACAGCAGCUUCAGGAACAACAAGAACAUCUGGAGAGGAGCCACAGCAUGGCGCUCAGUGAGGUCAACAACAAGAUGCUGAGGCUUCGGUCGGCUCUGGAGGAAUCUCAGCUGAGUGAGAAACAGCUGAAACACAAACUUGAGGUGCAGACUGAGACUCUGAAUAACAAAAUGGAGGAGCUGAAAGCUCUGAAUGAACACACCCAAAGCUCCAUGACGUCUGAGAUGAUGGAGGUGCAGAUCAAGGUCAUGGAGCUGGAGGCCAUUAAGGUGGAGUUGGAGCAGACUUUGCAGGAAUCUCAGUACAGAGAGCAGCAGCUGGAGCUGACCAAUAGCAGCCUGCAGCGUCACCUGGAGCGAAUCACAGAGGAGAAGGAGGAGCGAGAGAAAGAGGCCGUUUCCUGUUUUAAUGCGUUAGAGAAAUCUCGUGAGGUGAACCGGGACCUCCAGAUCCAGUUGGACCAGGUUCUACAGCAAGCCCAGGAUCCCAACAGCAAAGGGAACUCUCUGUUCGGUGAGUUGGAGGAUAAGCGUGCUGAGAUGGAGAGACAGCUGAUCAGUAUGAAGGUCCAGUAUCAGUCCCUGCAGAAACAACACGCCUUCAGCAAACAGCAGCUGCAGCGCAUGAAGGUUCAGAUAGCCACUCUGAUGCAGCUUCAGGGUUCCAGGGCUGACCCUGCUCAGCUGGAGAGACUCCAGUCCAUGCUCUCAGAGAAGAAUGGGGAGAUCCAAAAUCUCAUGACUAAGCUACAGAGACUGGAGAAGGUGGAGGUGAUAUUGAAAUCUCAACCAUCUAAUCCAACUCCAGCAGAGGGCGCUGGUGGCCAAGAUGAAACCUACUACACUGACCUGCUCAAAAUGAAGCUCAACAACACUGUUAAGGAUGCAGAGCGUCUGGGAGAUGAGCUUUCCCUGCAGAGAAUGAAGUCUUUGUCAGAGAGCCAGAGGGCUCUGGAGCUGGAGAGGAAGCUCUUCACCUCUGAGCGGCUGCUCAAACAGGCUCAGAGUGACAAGAUCAAACUGCAGCUGCGAGUAGAGGAGCUACAACACAAGUAUGAACCCAAAGAGGCAAAAAAGAAUCUGAUCCAGAAGAGAAAGAAAGAGAAACUUCCUGUGGACGCCGCACCCUCCUCUGAGGAAACCACAUGUGGAAAGGUUGAGCAGCAGGUCGUUACCAUGGAGACGGAUGUCACACCUAAGACUGCAGACCCUGAGGCUGACAUCUGUCCUACAGCCGAGGCACUGAGCGCCACUCAAGGUUCUGAGCCGACUGAGCCGCGGGCUGCGAAGUGUGUGAAGAUCAGCGGAGAUGAGCCUGUAGUGAUCCCCAACCUCAGCUCUCCUAUGACUGACUGUAAAGAGAAGGAGAUGGAGGAGAACCAGCAGCGGAACAGAAGAGAGGAGAGAGUAAAGAAGCAGAAAGCAGUGGAGAUGAUCCACGUCAGCUCCAACAACAGUAUGGAGAACCAGUGUGCUCAGCAAUAGGCCUCAUCUGGAACACAGUGGAUGCUGUAUAUGUACGCUGCUAUAACUCUCACAUUCUUUAUUUUCAUUCAGAUAUUUGGAUUUUACUAUUUACUUGUCCCUUUUUUCCUGCUAAUUUCUCUGUAUUUGAUCUAUACUGUCAGUAUAUUUAAAUCUUGCAGUAUAAUAACAUUUGCAACAGAGUACUCUGUGUCCAAUUCUUUAAAACAUGAAUAUUCAUCUGUUAUGGUUUAUCUUCAGUAUUUUGUUUAAAAAAAAAAAAUUUGAAAUUGCAAUAAACUAUUUUGCAUAGUGGUCAUGGUGGUAUGAAACAUGCUGGUUUAUAUCUGUGACCCCCUGCUUAUCCUGAGAUGUCAGGCAGGACCCUGACCCUAAGCUUUAAGGGUUUUUUUCAGUCUAACUUACAGAAAUAUAUCUAGAUGUGUCUUAGGGCGAAGAAUGAUCAUUUUUAAUUCAGGAGACAAAUCUCUCUCUUUUUUUAAACCAUAUAUAAAAUGUUAAG